AUGAAGAAGAAAAAGAGCGCUGAAACUGACGUGACUCAGUGCUCAACAGCUGGUUGGAGACUCGCUCAUACAUCGUUGGCUAGAUACUCUCCUUCCCAGGCCGAUGUCGCUACCUUCAAGGGUCUUAAGGAAGCCCCAGACGCCGCAAAAUACCCCUACGCUGCCAGAUGGUACAAGCACAUCGCUUCAUACACCGAAGAGUUUGCCACGUUGCCAGGAGAUGCCUCGAAAGCAUACACCACAUAUGGCCCUGAGGCCAACGCCGUUACCCUAAACCCAGCAAAGGCACCAGCCACUGAGGAAGAGGAUGAUGAGGUCGAUCUCUUCGGCAGCAGUGAUGAGGAAGAAGAUGCCGAGGCUGAGAAAAUCAGAAAUGAGCGUUUGGCCGAAUACAAGAAGAAGAAGGAAGGCAAGACCAAGCCAGCUGCCAAGUCUGUUGUCACUAUGGAUGUCAAGCCUUGGGAUGAUGAGACCGAUAUGAAGGCUCUGGAGGAAGCUGUCCGUAGUAUUCAAAAGGAUGGUCUCGUUUGGGGAUUAUCCAAGCUUGUGGCUGUCGGUUACGGUAUCAAGAAGCUACAGAUUAACUUGGUCAUCGAGGACGACAAAGUUGGUACCACUGAUUUGGAAGAGGAGAUUGCUGAGUUUGAGGAUUUUGUCCAGUCAGUUGACAUUGUUGCUAUGCAAAAGUUGUAG